AUGAGUGGGACUAAAAACUCAGGUCAAGUUCCUCAAAAGUCUCUCCAAAUUGAACAAGAUGACAAGUUCUUCUCAAGGCUUUUGUCCAAGGAAAGCUCCAUGGCUUACCCCUCUUCAAGAGUUCUCUAUUACGGCGGUCGGCCGGGCUCCGUUCCGUUCUUGUGGGAGUCUGAGCCAGGGACACCAAAAUCCAAAUCUUGUGGUUAUGAGUCUCUUGUUCCUCCUCUCACUCCUCCUCCUUCCUACUACUUCAAUACUUCCCACAAGAAAAAAAACAUUCAAAAACGCUCAAGAUCAUCCAAUCUCUUAAACACCCUUUUUCCGAAAAAGAUGCCUAAUAUUAGUCUUAACAAGAAAACACCUUAUUCCUCAAGUGCCUUACCUAAUUCACUUUGGUCUUCAGAGAACUCAUCCAUGCUUGUUUCGUUGAACAAUGCUCCGACCGCGGUGGGGGCGUUCUGUGGCCGGAGUAGUACUACUAGCCGGUUUUCGAGCUCAAGUUCGUCGUCGUUCGAUUGGAGAGGACAAGAAGAGGAUCACGAAGUUGGUUCCCCUAAUUCAACUUUGUGUUUUGGCUGUUACCGUCUUUGA